AAUUUUGGGUAAAUAGACGAAUGGUAUUUGUCUUUUUCUGUUUUUUUUUUUUUUAUUUUUUUGAACGAGGACUAAUGCGGCGGCGAGUGACACGGUUCCUGAUCGGGAAAUGGCGGCUCAAGGCGACCAAGAUCCCAGAAUCGCCAGAAUUUCCUCCGCGAUUCGAGUUAUCCCAGAUUUCCCUAAAAAAGGGAUUAUGUUUCAAGAUAUAACAACAUUGCUUCUUGAUACGAAGGCAUUCAGGGAUACUAUUGAUUUGUUUGUUGAAAGGUACAGAGACAAAGAUAUCUCCGUUGUUGCAGGUGUUGAAGCAAGGGGUUUUAUAUUUGGUCCUCCUAUUGCAUUGGCUCUUGGUGCAAAGUUUGUUCCUUUGAGAAAACCUAAAAAGUUGCCUGGUUUGUAUUGUACAACAUUUUCUAUUAAUUGGUAAAGAUUCCUUGAUUAGAUUUUGAAGAAACAAAACUCAUCAUUGUCCCAUCUCUACACUGUUACAUCAAUACACCAUUGUCAAAGAAUACCUGGCAAGCAGUUGCAUCUGUCUCUUGAUGGGUUUAUGCCCUGCAUACUGCUUGACAAAAUGAAUUUUUUUUUUUUUUUUAAGAAAGAAGAAAUUUUAGGCUAGUCUUCUGAAUGCUAGAAGCUUUGAUGUUUUACUAGGGGAGGUUAUAUCAGAAGAGUAUUCUUUGGAGUAUGGAACGGACAAAAUUGAGAUGCAUGUUGGUGCUGUACAACCAGGAGAACGUGCUUUGGUAAUAGAUGAUCUCAUUGCAACUGGUGGGACCUUAUGUGCUGCAAUCAAGCUACUUGAGCGUGUUGGGGUGCAUGUUGUUGAGUGUGCUUGUGUUAUUGAAUUGCCAGAGCUAAAGGGUCGGGAUCGGUUAGGAGAUACACCACUAUUUGUUCUUGUAAGCUCGAGCGAAGAGAUCCUGCAGUAGAAAUGCAUGAUUCUUAGCUAGAGUUUUGCUGAAAGCUUGACAAUUUACGUUUCAUCAAAAGAAAAGGGUUGUAUCUUGUGACAAUGGGCAUUUGAAGAAACCACAACUCUUGGUGUGAAGAGAUUGUGUUUUAAGUUUUAACUUACAUUUGGUGUGCUGUGAAGCUGAGUUCACGACUCUUUUGAGUAUUGAUUUAUAAAUGAUUGUUUAAACCCUGUUUUGCCUUUUUAAUCUGGGAGGGAAAAUAAAACAAGGGAUGCUUAAUGGAAGAUUUCUCUUCAAUUUUUUAUCUUCUGAGGAAGAAACCAAAACUAGAAGAAAUCACAAAUCUCUAUAUUCUUAAGCGCCAUAAAUUGAAGAGUUGCUACCAAUAUUCAAUUGCAAUUUAAUAUGAUACAUUGUUUUAGUACAUUUAGAGUUAGUUCUAUUUGGGAUUCUAUGUUUGUUUACUAUCAUUAAUUUUCCUGUUAGUUUACUGUAUCUGUCUUUUUAGUCUUAACAAAUGGAUUUUCUUGCAUAAUCAUGUUGAGGCUUUGACAAAUGCGGAGAAUGGAGAUUAGAUUGUUUAAGGCUUAAUUAGAGUUUGUGGACAUGAGAAUUAGUGAUUUAACAAGUAUAUGAUUCUGUAGAGAAUUGGAGAUUUAGAAGUAGUUUGUGUAAAGUUGUUGGUUGAUUGGUUGGCAUCAAUAUUACCCUUGUUUGAUUACAACCCAAUUUGAGCAAAGCAAUAGACAGCUGUCAGGUUG